AUGUCUGUAGAAUACAUAAACGAGAGUGAAAUCAAAGCAGCCAUUGGCGAUCUCCGCAAUGACAAGACACCAACUGAUUGGGUGCUGCUGUCCUUUGAGACUCCAAAGUCAAAGAAGGUAAAGUUGCUGGCAAGUGGUUCGGGCGGUGUUGAGGCACUUCUCAAUCAGCUGAGCGACGAUCUGGUCGGCUUUGGUUUGGUGCGCAAGAUCGACGUCAUUGACAACUCAGAGACCGUCAAGUAUGCCUUUAUCCAAUGGAUCGGUGACAAGGUUGGACUCCUCCAAAAGGCAUUCGUCUCCAUCGCCACAUCUUCCAUCAAGACCCUCUUUACUCCAUACCAUGUGGACUUCCAAAUCUCUCACAAGUCUGAGUUAUCUGAUGCCAUCGUCCAUACUAAGAUUCAAGAGACAUCUGGAUCAGGAUCAAGAGUACUUGAUGAGACUGGAGCACGUCGCACUGCCGCCUCCUCAUCAACAUCUGUGCGCACUGCAGGUGCUGCUCCAGCUGUCAGCAAGGACGCCAUUGCCUUGGCCGACGAAUCGAGCUCCCGUGCUGCCCUCAGAUCAUUCAGGUCGGACGACAGUGGAAUCAACUGGAUUCUCUUUGGAUACGAGGGAAGCUCCAUUGUACUUCUUGGUAGUGGUUCGGGUGGACCUUCAGAACUUAUUGCCAAUUUGAACGAUGAUAUGGUCGCCUACGGUCUUACUAGAUCAGUGGAGAAAAUCGACAACUCCAACACUGUCAAGUUUGCAAAGAUUACCUGGAUUGGUGAAGGUAUCAACAGAAUGUUGAGAGCUAGACUUGGAACUCACAGUGGAUUCAUUAAGGAGUUGCUCUCCCCAUACCACGUUGAUAUUCAAGCGACCACCAGAUCAGAGAUCAGUGAGGAGAUUAUCAUCGACACUAUCACCAAGAACUCGGGCACUCAAUCACGUGUGUUGGCAGAUGCCGUCUCACCAAGAGCAACAGCUGUUCCCACACGUAGCACAGGUGGUGUCUACAAGGGAACCUCACCAUCUUCGGUCCCAACCUCUUCUGGUGCACCAGUCAUUGCCGAGGAAGACGUUCGCGCUGCUAUCAAGGAUGUCCGUAGCGACUCCACCCCAACCAACUGGACCCUCAUUGGAUACAAGCCCAACAACACCACCCUUACUGUCAUUGCCUCUGGAAAUGGCGACGCUGACGAACUUGCCUCGCACCUCCAAUCCAACAUUGUAGCCUACGGUUUGAUUCGUGUGCGUACCCAGUUUGACCUCUCAGAGAUCACCCAGUUUGUUUGGGUCAACUUUGUUGGUGAGGAUAUCCCAAGAAUGUUCAGGGCCAAGCUCGGAACUCACUCUGGAAUCGUCAAGGACGUCUUCUCGCCAUAUCACGUUGAUAUCCAGGCCAACACACCCUCAGAGGUCAAUGCCGAGAUUGUUCUCACCCGUGUCACAUCGAAUGCUGGCACUCUCAGCAAGGUCCGUUAA